GAGAUCCAGGGAGGAGCGGUGACCCUGGGGGCCGCCGGGGGAGGCUGGCAAUGCUUUGUUUUCUAACCUCCAGGUGGUGGUUACAGGCGAGCCUUCCCUUUGACAUACUUCAUUAAGUCUGUACACUGGAGUUUGUCCACUUGUAGGUGUGCAUACUUCCACUACGGAUUUAAAUUUUAAAAGGGGGCUGGGGUGUUAGGUCUGGAGGUUUCCCGAGGUUUUCUGCAGAGGAGCCAAUGGGCUGAAAGGCGGACGAAGGACCCAGGCCGUGAGCGAAGGCUGGGAAAGCCCCGACCGUAGCGACGCCGCGAAAGUACAGCGACCCCACCCUCACCAGGGGCGGCGCCAUCUCCGCUCCGAGUCCUGCGUUGCCUGGCAACCGGUCUCCCCGGAGACGCGAGACGCUGAGCCCAGGGCCUUUUUCGGGGCGCUCCGAGCCCCCAGGCCCCAUGGCGCAGAAACCGCUCAGCACCGCGGCGGCUGAACGCAUGAACCUUGUGGCUCAGGAUGAGAUCUGGAGAUACCGUCUGAAGGCUGAAUCAGAAGCACGGCAGAACUGGCCCCAGAACUGGGGUUUUUUAACAACCCCUUUUGAAGAGUUGAUCAAGGGUGACGAAGAACUCCCCAGCCCAAAGCCCAAAAUCGAGCUUCCUGAGCAUUUCCACAUCCGGCCGGUGACCCCAGUGGAGAAGUACAUCAAGAUCCUUCCAUCUCCACCAGUCCCACAGACCACCCAGGGCUUCAUCGGCUGGAGAUCCGCAGUGCCAGGCCUGAACAAGUGCCUGGAGCUGGACGAUGAGAUCAGAAGCUGCAAAGGGGCAUUUGCACGAGAGCUGUGCUGGCCUAAGCAGGGCGUGCACUGAGUCCAGACGGAGCUUCCAACCCGGGGUGCUGCAUGUCGGUCGCCAGGCACCCGGGGCCAUGCCAAGGAAAGGAAGAUCUCUCCUGAAUCCCCGAGGACACAGUCCUCUACAGACUUGCUCAUGGGAUGUUGCAAAGAACACAAAGUGUGCCUUAGACAUUCUCAACCCAUCAGUCUCGCCCUUCCAGAAUGUUCACGUCCACUCCCAUUCUUGGCUAAUGUAAUAAAUAAGUCUUCUCUCAUUUGUUUUUAAUACCUUGGGAAUUUCUAUGCAGGGCUUUAAAAAAAAAGUGAUUCCAUUUUAAAAAUAUUUGUCUAGGUC